CUUCUAAGCAACGAAUAGUUUCUCCUAUUUUGAAUUUAUCAGUAUCGUGUGUACUUCAUGAAACUGAAAAAUGUAUAAAUUUGUCGUGAGUUUUGUAUUUGCUAUUUUGAUCGUAUUGGCUGCUGCUGGACACGGCGGAUAUGAACACGAUGGGCAUGAUGAGCACGCAGGACAUGGCGGCCAUGGAAGUUAUGGUGGACAUGGAGGGUGCAAUGAAGGUCACAGUGAUCACCACGGCAGCCACAGCGGACAUGGAGGAUACAAUGGUGGACAUGGCGGCCACCACAGUGGACAUGAUGACCACCACGGUGGACAUGAUGACCACCACGGUGGACAUGAUGACCACCACGGUGGACAUGGCAACCACGACGAUGGACAUGGCGACCACCACGGUGGACAUGGCGGCCACCACGGUGGACAUGGCGACCACCACGGUGGACAUGGCGACCACCACGGUGGACAUGGCGACCACCACGGUGGACAUGGCGACCACCACGGUGGACAUGGCGGCAACCACGGUGGACAUGGCGCCAACCACGGUGGCGGCCACCACGGCGGACAUGGCGGCAACCACGGUGGCGGCCACCACGGCGGACAUGGCGGCAACCACGGUGGCGGCCACCACGGCGGACAUGGCGGCAACCACGGUGGCGGCCACCACGGUGGACAUGGUGGCAACCACGGUGGCGGCCACCACGGUGGACAUGGCGGUCACCACGGUGGACAUGGUGGCCACCACGGUGGACAUGGCGGCCACCACGGUGGACAUGGCGGCCACCACGGUGGACAUGGCGGCCACCACGGUGGACAUGGCGGCCACCACGGUGGACAUGGCGGCCACCACGGUGGACAUGGCGGCCACCACGGUGGACAUGGUGGCCACCACGGUGGACAUGGAGGACAUUAUUGA